AUGGUGAGGAGCGGGAAGAGGACGAAAUCAAAGGGGGCCGCUGCUCUGCCCGGCUGCAAGUCCGAGCCACUCGAGACAAAGUGGCACUGGGCACCAGGAGCGUGGCAAGACUCGACCAGGACUAGCGCCUUCCAACCAUACAAGCCACCCACUCUGCUCACAAAUUUGCAAAGAGGCAACACUCAAACGCAGAUACACCAGCUCUAUGUUGGCAACGACAUCACGUUUCAUACUUUGGCGGGCCAGGGGGAACUUACAUCUGACCAUAUACAUUCAAACUCAGUGGAUAUGACUGAUGAAAAGGGCUUAACUGGAUUGAUGUGGGCCAGUGCUUAUGGACAAAUAGGUAGUGCUAAACAAUUGCUCAAAAGAGGCGCCAGUAUAAAUCGUUGUGGACCAAACUUACAGACUAGUCUACACUUGGCAGCCGCCUAUGGUCAUCACGAUGUUGUCAAAUUAUUGUUAAAUCAUGGAGCUGAUCCUAACGCAUGUGACGAGGAUGGUAAUACUCCAUUAAUAUAUGGAGCACACUGCGAUCAUCCACACGUUUGUUAUGAAUUAUUAAUAAAAGGUGCAGAAAUAACACUUACUAAUACCUCAAAUGUAAGUGCUUAUAAAGCAGCAAUUAUGAAUAAUUCAAUGAAUGCUAAAGCAGUUAUUGAGAAUCAUUUGAUACCACAAAUUAUAAAUACGCCAACGGAUGAAUUAUAACGAUAUUUGUUUUAUUAAAUUGU